AUGAAAAGCCGAGCUCGUUCUCCUUCUAAGAAAAAGACGUUGUCAAUCAAUCAAGGAAUGCUCAAGAAAAAGGUUUUGCCUCCCAAUAGAACCGACAAGGUGGAAAAUGGAGAUAACAAGAAGGUUCAAAUGUGCAUUGGAAGGAAGGUACAGGCAGACAACUCCGUUGAUAUAAGCUCAUCAGCCCAAUUGCGAGCCGAAAUAUUUCAAACAACUUUAUCUUCUGAAUUUCCAAAUUUUCUCAAAUGUAUGCUCCCUUCCCAUGUCACUGGGGGAUUUUGGUUGAGCUUUUCAAAAAAGUUUUGCGUUUCUCAUUUGCCAAAACAUGAUGCCAAUGUUGUUUUGGUGGAUGAAGAUGGAGAUGAAUUUUCCACCAAGUACCUAAUUGGCAAAAGCGGAUUGAGUGGGGGGUGGAGAGGUUUCUCCAUUGCUCACAAUCUUGUUGAAGAUGACGUUGUUGUCUUCCAAUUGAUUGAGACUUGCAAAUUUAAGGUAUACAUUUUACGAGAAAAUUGCUUGUCACAUAUUGAUGUUGCUGUUGUUCUUAUGGAUUUUAUUGUUGAAGCACACAAUGAAGAUCCAAAUAAAAAGAUGAAUAUGUGUGAAGCAAAUGAUGAUAAAUAUUUGGAGCCUCCUAAAGAAAGUUAA